CGAUAAAAGUUUUCAAUUAUGCUACGUGGUAUCGUAAGGGGUAAAAAGGGCACGUCUCUGAAAGACAGAAGCAAAAGUCUGGGUGCGGUUUUCUUAGAACAGGCUGAGAAAAAUGGAGAUAAAAUUUUCCAGGUAUUGCUACUUGUCUCGUGUUCCGUGUUGGUGAUAUAGUAGAUCGACGCUGACGCUGAGUCCCAAGACACCUUUGCGGCCUUAAAGCAAAGGUCCGUGCCAAUCGCGGUGAGUUUGCGGGAGUUAGGAGUGAAUCCCCAAGACGUGGUGAUGCUGUGCUGCAAAAACAACUCCGACAACAUAGUUCCAGCGCUGGCCGCGUGGUAUAUCGGCGCUCGCGUCGCCUCGGUGGACCCCAAGCAGGAAGUUCCCGAUGUGAAACGAUGUCUGGCUAUCGUGGAACCCAAAGUCGUAUUCGUCGUAGAAGACUCCCUGCGCCUGGUGGAAGACAGUCUUGUCGGUUCGGAUAUUUUUCCCCGUAUUAUAGUCAUAGGAAAAUCCGCAAAGUAUAAAACCAUGGCGGAAAUAGAACGAGCUGACAUUUGCGAUUUCAAACUGGCUGAAGUUACCGGCGAUGACGUCGCGGUCAUCAUGUUCAGCAGUGGAACCACGUCGGUACCGAAAGGCAUCUGCAUCAGUCACUAUUCCUUGCUAUACGGUGCUCGUGGUUUGAAGGAACACAACAGCUUGAAAAACCGCGUGCUGAUCCACUUCUCUUCGAUGUACUGGGCGUCCGCCGUCAUGAUGACCGGCUGGUGCGUAUUGGAGGCCAUUCCCAAGGUUAUUGGAUCCAACAUGGAGGGAGAAAGACUGUUGCAGCUCAUUGAAAAGUAUAAAAUAAGCUACAUCUUUAGCUCAAAUAUUGUAUCGUACUCACUCACUGACCUCGAUCCGGAAGUGGUAAGCAAGUACGACACGUCUUCCUUGUAUUCAUACCAUAUCGGAGGAUCCACUAUCGCCCCGCAACACUUACUGAGGCUCAGGAAUUUGCUGAAACACACCCACGUGGCUCUGCUUUUCGGCACCAGUGAGGUGAAUUACGCGAUAGCGUUUGAUCACACCCAGACCAAAGCGUAUCUAGAGAAGGUGUCGUCGUCCGGAACACCACUACCCGACGUAGAGUUAAAGUUUAUAGAUGUGGAGACCAGAAAGCCGGUAGGUCCUAAUCAGCAAGGGGAAUUGCUGAUUAGAACCCCAUACAUGUUGAGCGGGUACUACAAAAUGGAGAAGCCCGAGUCGUUCGACGACGAAGGUUUCCUCAGACAGGGCGAUCUGGGGUACUACGACGAUGACGGAUACAUCUACAUCACGGACAGAAUAAGCGAGACGUUCAAGUACAGAACGUUUCACGUGUCGCCAUCUCUUAUUGAAGAGGUAUUCCUGCAACAUCCGUCUGUCAGGCAGGCGGUCGUUUUCGGGAUACCGCACCCUAUAGAUAGGUUCCACGCUGCAGCUUGCGUCGUACCGAAGAAGAAUUCGGAUAUAAAAGUGGAUGAGUUAAUCGAGUUUGUCAACGCCAGAGUGUCAGGUAGUCAUCGUAUUAGAGGCGGCGUGAAAAUAGUAGAGGCAUUACCAAAAACCCCAUCCGGCAAAAUUCAAAGGAGAACCGUCAAAGAGGAGUUUUUAAAUAAUAUCAAGUGUUAAUAUUGUACACUGUUUAAAUUAAUGAAAUAUUUAUUUGCAGUGUAGAUAAUAUGAUAAUAUAUCUAAAUAAUAUGAUAUAUGUGUUGUGUUCAAAAAUUCUAUAAAUAUCGAAUACUUUAUACGAUAUAAUUGUUUUUUUGCUAUUUAUAUGAAACAAAAAUUAAAUUUGAAAAAUAUAAUACCCAUAACAUAAAUGAAUAUCGUAUAUUUUUAGUACUGCAGCGUAAAUUAAUUUAAAAAAAAUGCUGCUAAUAAUUUUCAUUUUAUAUAAAUUUACAUUACACCCCGAUCUUGACCUAUUUAAUCUUGGCUUUGGAGCAUUUAAACGACCCUUAGGACGGUAUAUCAAUUGACACACUUUAAAAAAA